UGAAUCUGGAUGACCGACUGACAUCAACUGGACGCAUUUCCAGCUCGUAAAUCACUGGUUCAGCCUCGUAAUGUUUGAUAACAUCGCCUAUAUUUCUAGAUUAUUCAAUUCUAACUCGAUGUAAAUAAAGAAGCGUUUAUCACAGCCGUCAAGCGGAGGGGAGCGGCGCGCGACCACCUUUAAACAAAAGCGCACGAUCUUGCUUUCGGAGGACAUCAAAGGCAUUUAAAGCUCUCCCUUCAUUCUUCUCAGUGUGUGUAGCUAGAUCGCUGGACAACAUACACACCGGUGCUUAGAUCAAGUGGACAACACAUUGGAUGCUGAGCAGAAAUAAACCGAUUAAAACAUCGCGAGACGGAAUACGCUUCAUUCAUCGAGGCACGCGACUGAAUGCAUUGAGGACUUCUUAAGGAUUUGGAUCAUUGUUGUAUACAAUUAUAGUCAACAGUCUCACUGGAGAUUUCAUCUGGAAAUAUGGAUUAGCCUCUUUAAAGGUAAAACAUCUACAGCUGCGUGACCGCUAUGGCUGCCGUGGUGAAUUAUUCCCCGCCGUGGUGGGUGAACCUUUUCCACCGCCUUCCCCACUUCAACCUACAGUUUCAGCUGACCAGCAGCGACUUCCGACCUGAGGACUCCGAGUAUCAAAAGGCCGUGUUGUUGCUAGGUGCAGUGGCGUUGGUAUGUUUGGCAUUGGACCUCCUCUUCCUCCUCUUCUACUCUUUUUGGCUCUGUUGUCGCCGCAGGAAGAACCAGGAUUCGCCUAAUGCGGAUUGCUGCUGCACCGCUUGGUGCGUGAUCAUUGCCACACUCGUUUGCAGUGCUGGCAUUGCCGUUGGUUUCUAUGGAAACGGCGAAACGUGCGACGGAGUGACACGACUGACAUAUUCCCUGCGCCAUGCUAACCAAACAGUGGCGGGCGUCGAUAAACUGGUAUCAGAGAGCACCAGUAGCCUAAAUGAAACCGUACAGGAGGGCCUGGUUCAGCUGGAGACUGCAUACUCCAAACAGACCGACUACCUGUCCAUCGUCCACAAACUGAAGGGCCAGCUGGACGAGCUGAUCAAGCUGAUUGUGGAGGUGCCUUUCUGGAACAAUACAGAUCUCUCACUGGAUCGCCUGGCGUCUGUCACCGAACAGUACGACUGGUACAGGUGGCUGGGUUAUCUUGGCUUGCUACUGUUUGAUGUGCUAAUCUGUCUGCUCGUUUUGGUUGGUCUCAUACGCAACUCGAGAAGCAUCUUAAUUGGUGUUUGUUUGCUGGGUGUUUUGACACUGGUGAUCAGCUGGGCUUCUCUUGGGUUGGAGUUCUCUGUUGCUGUGACUGCCAGUGAUUUUUGUGUUGCCCCUGACUCUUACAUCACCAAAGUGGCGCAUGAGAAAGCAGUUAUGAACCAAGACAUCUUGCAGUACUAUCUCAAGUGCAGCAUGGGACAGACCAACCCAUUUCAGCAGAAACUCUCUGGAAGCCACAAAGCACUUGUGGAGAUGCAGGAUGAUGUUUCUGAGCUCCUGCGCUCAGCUAUGAAAGAAUACCCCAAGACAAAGAGUAACCUGGAGGAGAUGCAGGCGGUGUUAAAUGCCACUGAGAUCAGCCUUCACCACCUCACUGCCUUGGUUGACUGUCGGAGUCUACACAUGGACUAUGUGCAGGCUCUGACUGGACUGUGUUAUGAUGGGGUCGAGGGGCUAAUUUAUCUGGUCCUGUUCUCAUUCGUCACCGCCCUGAUGUUUAGCUCCAUCGUUUGCAGUGUGCCUCAUACCUGGCAGGGCAAGAGGUCUGAGGAGGAGGAUGCCGAUGAGACUUCGGGCACCCUCGGCUCGCGAGCGCCGCACGAUAACCUGUACCGCGUGCACAUGCCUAGCCUGUACAGCUGUGGCAGCAGCACCUACGGCAGUGAGGCUAGCCUCCCCGCUGCGGCACAUACUGUCAGCAACGCACCAGUCACUGAGUACAUGAGCCAGAACGCUAACUUUCAGACCCCUCGAUGCGAGAACACGCCACUCAUUGGCAGAGAAUCCCCCCCACCGUCAUACACCUCAAGCAUGAGAGCUAAAUAUCUGGCAACCAGUCACCCGGACCCAUCCAGGCCAUCGGAAUCCCAGAACGGCCUGGAACCCAGCAUCCGACCAGAAUUAAGCAGCCGCUCCGCUCCUAACAGCCGACCAAAUUCAGUUAUCCACCGACCCCACUCCGCCAUCCAUUAACCACCCUCAAGCGAAAAAAGCGACAUCAUUCAGAAACGCAAAGCAACUACCUGUUAUCAAAUCCACCAGUAUGAAGUUUGUCUCCAGAGAUUUUUCUUCUCUUGGUUUACUUUAACCUCAAUCCUCAGUUUUCUGGUUUAGGCAAACAAACAUACUUGAUCCGGCACUGCUUUGGCAAGAUUGAUCCUGCCAAACGUUCAACCAAACUGCCAUUUUUACUUCCCUAAUUUCACACAGUGUAUCACAGCAACUAAACUGCCCUCUUUUGGAGGACUCGUCUCUGUUGUCCGCACAGUAAAUGUCAUAUUACCCUUACAGAGUCUCUCAGGGCAGCCAUAUUGGCAAGGACUGCAGGUCCACAUUAUCACAGCAGGAUGGUUUAUAUAGCAUUGUCGUUUUUAAACUUUUCCUAGUAGGCAAGAAAUCUCACUAUGACGUCUGAUUUUAUGAUGGUUUUAUAUUUUUAGGUGUUUUUCGAAAUUACGACACUGAUAAUAUAGUUUGAAAUAGCUUUAAAAGUGCAGCCUUUGUGCUUUCUCUGCAGUUCCUGGCAAUAUGGCAGCAUUCGUCUUAUCUUACAGAUUUCCAUGACUACUAUUUGAAAAAAUUGUUCUGUCAAGAAUGAAUAUUUCAUCAUCAUUUACUCAUCCUUGCGUCAUUCGACGCAAAACGGGGUAUUUAUUUACCUGAAUGUCUAAGCCAUACUGUAAAAAAAGUGGACGACGUGUCUCCAUGGAAAAUUGUGGCCUAAAUAUUUCAGAAUUGGCUGCUGACAUCUUGCACCAAUGAUGUUAUUUGGAGUCUGCGCAGUAGUGAUCGUGAGGUGGAGCUGCUGUAUCAAGGCCCCGCCUAAUUUCCUUGUUUGACUCAAACACAAAUCAAGUCAUCACAUCCCAUUUAAUAACACACUUCAACCAAACUUAUUAGAAAAGGACAUCAACAUAAUAGGAAAUAACUAAAAUAACAUAAAACAUAAAAAAAGUGUAAUUUGAUUAAGUUUGGCUCACGUCCCAUUCGUUCACAUGGAGAGGGCAAGGAUUAUAACCUAUACUGCAGCCAGCCACCAGGGGACGAACUAAACGUUUUCCAUCACAUUUUAGGAUGUCCUUUUACCCUACAAUGAAAGUCGAUGGGGACCAGCCGUGGUCACCAUUCACUUUCUGUAUAAGGUUACAUUCAAUGAACUACAUACUGUAAGGAUAAGUAAAUGAAGAUAGAAAUGUCA